AAAUAGACAGCCUCUAUGAAGAAUGCCUCUGCUGCCACCCUCUGUCGGGACAGAGGGUGGCAGCAGUACUCCAGCGGUGCGCUUUCCGUCUGUCUUAACCGGAAAGAAGAAGAACUUUCUAGCAUGACCACUCUGUCACAGAACAUCGCGUGGACUUUAGCUAGGUUCAAACUGGGAUGCGGGAAGAAACCGUUUUUGUCUUCGUUCUUUUCCAGACACUGUUGUUCACACCGCAGUAAAGGAUCGCAGCAGCGCGCUGGAGCUGUCCUAAAGGCCUUUGUUUAUCCAGAAGCUCUCAGCCGGUUUUCAUCACUUGGCUGCGUUUCAGCUGUUCAGUUGGACAGGAUGUGUUCCAAGUCAAUGUCGCACAGGAUGGUGUGGGUGGACCUGGAGAUGACAGGUUUAGAUGUUGAGAAGGACCAAAUCAUUGAAAUGGCCUGCAUCAUCACAGACUCUGAUCUGAACAUUAUAGCAGAGGGACCAUCCAUGAUCAUCAACCAACCAGACGAGCUUCUGGAUGGAAUGUCAGACUGGUGUAAAGAGCAUCAUGGAAAGUCAGGGCUGAUCCAGGCUGUCCAAAACAGUAAAAUGACCCUGGAACAAGCAGAGUAUGAAUUUCUGUCCUUUGUCAGGCAGCACACUCCACCUGGACAAUGCCCCCUUGCCGGCAACUCUGUGCAUGCAGACAAAAGGUUCCUGGACAAGUACAUGCCACAAUUCAUGUACCAUCUUCACUACAGAAUCAUUGAUGUCAGCACCAUCAAAGAGCUCUGCAGACGGUGGUUCCCAGAAGCAUUUAAGAUGGCACCUCAUAAGAGCGCAACCCACAGAGCCUUAGAUGACAUAAAGGAGAGUAUUAAGGAGCUGCAGUACUACAGAGCCAGCAUUUUCAAAGCACCAUCAGAGGAAAAGAAACACAAGAUUAUAGGAAAUAGUGGCAAUAAAAGGAGUUAGUUCAUGAAUGAGACUGUUGAAAUACUUUCAGUUUUACUUUUGUUUUCUUGUUACAUUUCCCUCAAGAAGGGAUUUUUUUUUAAAUUUAGUUUUUUUUUUAUCAGCAACACUUAGUACUACUGAAGUUUUGUUGGAGUGAAUAAAACUCUAGAAAGGUUUCUUCAGAAAAAAAUUAUUUCAACAUAAAUAUAAUUUAGGCAGAAUCACUCAGUAUUUUACUUUUUAUUUAAUUUGAAGAAACAGGCAUUCUGUAUCAUUGUUUCUAUAGAGAACAUUCAAGCUUUACAAGUGGUAUAUUACAAGCUAAGUCAGACUGGUAGGCAAAAGCUUUCUGAUAUAUUGAAACAGCCUUUGCCUGACAUUUUUGUGCAGUUUGCUUGUUAAUUGGGAUUUUCAUCUGAUGCAAACUUCCCCAGAUCAUUUUAAGAGAUCUCACAUGUAUUCACAUUUGCAAAACAGGGUGCGGCCUACCAAGUUGAUAACUUGCUUUUUGGUAUCACUGAUGAAAGAAACAGGCUGUUGAUACGGCCUCAGCCCGUAUCAACAGGCUCAGGCGCCCUUUUGAUACCGGCGCCUCAGCACGGGAGGAACCACACAUGCUUGCAGAAACAAGAUGUCGCUCUGCUGCACCAUGUAACCUGUGAUGAAAUGAUUUGAUCUGAAUAACAACUUGAAUCCAUUUAUUGUUCUCCUGCAUGAGCAAGAUUAACUCCUUUAACAAGGGAGAGGAGUAUCAUUCAUCAGCAGGCAAUAAAUCCACUUGUCAGUAACAUGAGACGUUGUCAUCAAGCUGGAAUAGAUGUUCCCUACAAGCACUGACACACUGACAUGUUAUGCUGCUAGAUCUAACUGCUAUUAACUUCUGUUUCAAUAAAUUGAGGUGAAAAACAGUUA